UUGGCAUAAGAUUAGAUAGGUACCGACCGAGCCGAGACCCUAGAGCUUAGCUCUUUUCACGAAGAUAUAUCCAACUUCAUCCACGAGUCGCCCUUCUUUGCCGAAGACAAACAUCACACCUGCAAUUGAUGUAUUCUUCCAAGAAAUGUUUUGGAACUUCCUUCCGCUAGGCGUAGGAAACCUGGUGGCCUUAUCUUUUCUUUUAACCUCCUCGUUAUGGCUGCGAUAUACUUUCAAACGCGACCACUUCUUAGCGUAUGAGAAGCGCGCUAACAGUAAAGAAGCGCCUUUUGUAUUUCCACAUAUCUUUCCGAUAUUAGGAAGCCUGCCCAUCGCGUAUCUCUGGGAUCCCAGAGGCUUUGUACUGAAUCCGAACAACUUCUUCCAAAGUGUGCCUCCAGUCCUCGUGAAGAUCCUUACUCAGGAGUUUUAUGUCGUACGCGGGCCGGAGAAUGUCAAAGCUCUCUUCAAGAAUUCAGGGCUGUGCACGUCAAUCCCCUUCGUCAAGUUCGCUCUUGGAUAUGCUUUCGGCUUGCCAGCCAAGGCAUUGAGGUUGUACGACAAGGACGACUCUGGUGGUAACCAUGUACCUCAUCCUGGCAGUACGGUUGAUGCCCGCAAUAGAAUUGACUACCAUGUGCAUCAGUCCCUGAACCGGUUUUUAGAAGGAAAGGGGCUUUUGCCCUUCUGGACUAGGUUCGCGGAUAAUAUCACCCAGCAGUUGUAUGGCCUCUACGGUCGUGUCGGGUCUGAUUGGGGCUAUCAUGACGACCUGAUGAAGGUAGUUGGAGACGAGGCCACCAUCUCAAUCAUCAAUGCCCUCUGUGGCCCAUACCUCUUAAGUCUGAACCCAAACUUCUUACAAGACUACUGGGAUUUUGACCGUAACUUGCAGACUUACCUUCAAGGAAUGCCUUGGUUUCUCGCGCCAAAAGCCUAUGCAGUUCGGAAGAGGGUAAUAGAUGCCGUGAAAAUCUGGCAGCAACAUGCAAGAGAUCAUUUCGAUGACUCGGCCGUCGGGACUGAUGGCGACGACCCGUUCUGGGGUAGUAGCUUCUUCCGAGAGCGGCAGGAAAUGUUUCUCAAAAUGGACGGUUUCGACUAUGCUGCCAUCGCAUCGCAGGAUUUUGGAGCAGUUUGGGCAGCAAGAAAUUCCAUUGUUUCUUCAUCCUGGGCGAUAUUCGAGAUAUACCGAGAUCCCGAAUUGCUCGCUGCCGUAAAGGCUGAGGUUGACGGUUGUGCGCUGAAGGACGCAGAUGGUCGCAUCCGGUUCGAUGUCGAACAAUUGCUUCGCCUACCCAUUCUGCAAGCCGUAUAUGCCGAGACCUUGCGACUUAGAAUGCAUUUUUACAUUAUCAGGAUGCCGGAUAGAGUCGACAUGAAUAUACGAGACUGGAUAAUACCGCGACAGAAGGUUAUCGUCACGCCAACGACGGUCGCACACAUGGAUCCUAAGGCAUGGCGUACUGGUCCGAAUAAUGAGCAUCCCGUUGAUCAAUUCUGGAUUGGAAGAUUUCUCAAGUAUCCUUCAAAGGGAGCCCAAGACGAUACGCAACCGCAAGAUUCUGCUUCGUCUCCGGCAUUCUCAACGAAAAAAAUCGAAGGGUCGUGGAUUCCGUACGGUGGCGGGCCGCGACAAUGUCCUGGUCGACACUUUGCGAAACGCCAGAUUUUGCUAACACUUGCUUUAAUGGUGAGUCUCUUUGACUGCGAAAUACUAGAGGGGGGUCGAAACGUGCAGGAGGACUUCACACUCAAGGGUUUUGGCGGUGGUGUUUCGCAUCCGGCUGGUAAGGUGCCAAUGAGGAUACGGCGCAGAGAUAGGCGUAGCUUGUAAAUUAUCUGAAUGAAGAGCGCCUCCCGCAAAACUGAAGAAAGCUACUUGCAAUCAACUGGUCGGGAAUAAUAUAUAUGGGUGAAUAAUAACAGAAUUGAGUCUCGAUGUUGGCGUAUGAUGCGGCAAAGAUCGUUCUAGCUAUUUCAAUUCUGAGUGAACGGUUGACAUUAACGGUGACCAGGGGAGUGUGCGCGCCCCGUAGAAUUAGUUACGGUCGGGAACAAGCUUUACGGUAAUUAGGUUAUCACUGUCCUGUCAUUCCCUGCCAGAGUCGAAGCAAGAUAGAAUGAGAAUAGAUCAACUCAACUUAAGUUCUGUCAAACUUAGCUAAUCUUCCCGUCGAACCUAGCUUGAUUUUCCCUCAAAUAUUGAGUUUCGAUAAACUUACAGUCUAAAAGUCUAAUGUGGGACUAAUUUGGAAAUGCACGUUAGCUUCGGAUGAAGCGUAAAUGGCGUCGAGUUUUCACAGUCUAGAAUAGACUGCCACGCCGUUCCAGCGGCUCGGCUUGACUUGGCAAGAAAGAGGAUUCAAAGGCCUUGAUUUUUCUUUUUAAAUAUUUU